GCCAUGAAGACCACUCUGAGUGAUUAAUCGGGGGCUGUGGGAAUGAUAAGGAUGCAAGAUGAUACAGUGUUGUGUAUAAAACUGCUCAGGUAGCUCACAAGUGCUCAUUAGUUCCCAUUGUCGUGCCAUCAAAGCCACAAGGAUGCUAAAGUACGUUCUCGUCCUGGCUCUGGCCACCGUUGCCUAUGCUGACACAACCCUCUAUCCCUGCCCAUCUUAUGGCCUAGCUAGGCUACCCCAUGCUAGCAGCUGUGCUCACUUUGUCCAGUGCGUAUCUGGUGUUGCUGUGAUCAGGGAAUGCGCCCCCGGAUUCUACUUCAGCACCGAAACCGGUGAAUGCAAACACCCCUACCUGGCAAACUGUGACCUUCCCGAACGUCCAUGCCCCCUCUUCAAUGAUCCCGAAAAUCUCGUCUUCCUCCCUGAUGCUAAUCAGUGUGAUGUCUACCACUUGUGCUACUUCGGUGAUCCAAUUCAGUUCAGAUGCGCCGAUGGACUUCACUGGGACCCCGUCAAUGAGAACUGCAACUACCCAUCCCUUGCCAACUGCCAAGCUGUCAAUGUAACAUGCGAAGCCACAGGUAUCUACACAGUGCCACAUCCCUUCCUCUGCCACAGAUUCUUCCACUGUGUCAACGGUGAGAGGUUUGCCGAUGAAUGCCCUGGAAAUCUGUACUACGACAUCACCAGGAUGGCCUGCUGGCAUCCAGAUGAGGCUGUGUGUGCUGGACAGGAGCAACCACCAACAACACAGGAACCCACCCCCAUUAUUGAGGGACAGAAUUUGCCAUAAAGAGAUGAUCUUUACUGCGGUUUAUUCUUAUCUCACACACACUCCCAUUUGCCAAUAAAAUUAUUUAGAAAAUACAAAA